GGAGAUCCCGGCCGAGCCCGCCGCCGCCACCGUCGCCCGAGGGAAGCGUGAAGAGGCCACGACCGGGGAGAAAACGCCGGAGUUGCCGCCGGAGAGGAGUCGACUCCCCAGCAGUUGCCGCCGGAGAGGCCCGCCCCCUGUCCCGUUCACAAUGCAGCCUGCUUCUGCAAAGUGGUAUGAUCGAAGGGACUAUGUCUUUAUUGAAUUUUGCGUUGAAGACAGUAAAGAUGUUAAUGUAAAUUUUGAAAAAUCCAAACUUACAUUCAGUUGUCUUGGAGGAAGUGAUAAUUUUAAGCAUUUAAAUGAAAUUGAUCUUUUCCAUUGUAUUGAUCCAAAUGAUUCCAAGCAUAAAAGAACGGACAGAUCAAUCUUAUGUUGUUUACGAAAAGGAGAAUCUGGCCAGUCAUGGCCAAGGUUAACAAAAGAAAGGGCAAAGCUUAAUUGGCUUAGUGUGGACUUUAAUAAUUGGAAAGACUGGGAAGAUGAUUCAGAUGAAGACAUGUCUAAUUUUGACCGUUUCUCUGAGAUGAUGAACAACAUGGGUGGUGAUGAGGAUGUAGAUUUACCAGAAGUAGAUGGAGCAGAUGAUGAUUCGCAAGACAGUGAUGAUGAAAAAAUGCCAGAUCUGGAGUAAGGAAUAUUGUCAUCGGGAUUUUGAGAAAGAAAAAUAACUUCUGCAAGAUUUCAUGAUUGAGAGAAUUCCUGAGUUUAUAGCUCUAAAGGCAGAUGCUGUAUUUGCCUCCUUUAACCCAUUUUUUCAACCUGUUUGUUUUUUUAAAGGCUUCACUAAGGGUUGAUAUGUACCAUUGUAUGGGGCAAUUUUAAGUCGGCUAAGGCAAUAACCUUAUGCAUGAAUAUUUCCCAGACUUCCAUGAAGCUGUUGAGGUCCUAGGCAGUUGAUACAGCAAUUGUAAUAAAUAAAAACAUUUCACCUGUCUCCUUUCUUCAUAGCAUAGAUACUGACACAUUAGGAAGCUCUCAGCUAAGAGAAAGAUAACUAAAUUUUAGAUUUUAGAACAUGGACUCAAAGUGGCUGAAACAAAUUGUCUGAUACCUUGAACUGUUAACCUAGUGUUCCUCUGGUGUAUCCUUCAGGACUGUUCCAUUAAAAAUUUUAUUUUUCAAAAAAUGA